AUGUCGUUGAAGCUCCCCAUACUCGACAUGCCAACAUGGUACAGCGCUGCCAUCUUUCUCUCUACCGCCGACCCUUCUCCUACCUCCGCCUCUAGUCUCCGAUCUUGCCGCCGGUUACAGCGUUCUCCGAUAUCCUGGUCAGUUGCACACACUACACUACACUACAAACAAGUGCAGAUAAUGGGAAAAGCCUCGAGAGAUAAAAGGGAUAUCUACUAUCGCAAAGCAAAAGAAGAAGGUUGGCGUGCACGAAGUGCUUUCAAGCUUCUUCAAAUUGAUGAAGAAUUCAACAUUUUUGAAGGAGUUAAGCAUGUGGUUGAUCUAUGUGCUGCACCUGGUAGCUGGAGUCAGGUUUUGAGUCGUAAAUUGUAUCUCCCAGCUAAGCUCUCAUCUGAUUCAAAGGAUGAUGAUCUUCCACUUAUUGUAGCUAUUGAUUUACAACCCAUGGCUCCAAUUGAAGGUGUUAUCCAAGUUCAAGGAGACAUAACAAAUGCUCGAACAGCUGAAGUGGUAAUUAGGCAUUUUGAUGGAUGCAAGGCUGAUCUAGUUGUAUGUGAUGGUGCUCCUGAUGUAACUGGACUUCAUGACAUGGAUGAAUUUGUUCAAUCACAACUGAUAUUGGCGGGGUUAACAAUUGUAACUCACAUACUGAAAAAUGGUGGAAAAUUUAUUGCAAAGAUCUUCAGGGGAAAGGAUACAAGCCUCCUAUAUUGUCAGCUAAAGUUAUUCUUCACUGAAGUAACUCUUGCAAAACCAAAAAGUAGCCGGAAUUCAAGCAUAGAAGCAUUUGCUGUUUGUGAGAAUUAUUCCCCUCCUGAAGGGUUCAAUGAGAAAGAUUUGCAUCGCCUCCUUGAGAAAGUUGGAACUCCAUCUGGUGCAGAUGACUUAGAUUGCAGUAGUGGAUGGUUGGAAGGGCCAAACAAGAUUUAUAUACCGUUUCUCGCUUGUGGGGACCUUAGUGGUUAUGACUCUGACCGUUCAUAUCCGCUUACAAAAGCCGCGGACGGAAGUUAUAAGAGCUUGGAUCCUGUGCAGCCUCCGAUAGACCCUCCGUAUAAGAGAGCUCUUCAAAUGAAGAAAGCUUCUAACAAUUACAAUUAACAAUGCCUUUAAAAUGCUUUUACUUGAUUCUUGAUUCGACUACUUCUGUUAGUUCUUAACUGAAAUCAGUUAUUAAACAGACACUGGAUUCAAAUUAGUCAUGAAUGGUUGUUUUUUUGACGUAAUGAUUAGUG